CUUUUUCCAGGAAAGCUUAAAUCAAGAUGGUCCGGACCGUUCAAGGUCAUAAAAGCUUACCCCUACGGAACCGUUGAGAUUGAAGAUGCUAAUGGGGGUCCCUUUAAAGUCAACGGCCACCAACUUAAACUCUACCAUGGCGGCCCAAUUGAAAAAAGCAAGGAGAUUCUCUAUCUCCAAAAAUUUUGAACCGAAGGAGGACAUUCGUCAAGCUAGUGACGUUAAAGAAGCGCUCAUUGGGAGGCAACCCAACCAAAAAAAAAAAAAAAAAAAACUAACCCAAAAAUAUUUUACUUUGUUUAUUUCUUGCAGAUGUCUGGAGGAAGACGUGACGAUCCCAUUUUCGAGGAGCCACCACUAGGACGGGAAGACCCGCCGCCACAGCCUGAUAUCCCCUUUGCUACUAUUGCUGAUCGCAGACGCUUCCAGGCAUGGGGGCAAUACCGCACACUCCUUCCUCCCAUGAUCCUGGACCCGACGAUGCUAGAGGAAUGGGGGUACUGGGAUGACAUUGAUGCCCUGCUAGGAGACUCUUUAUGGCGGAGGAUUCUAUUCGUUCAGGAGAGGGCCAGCCUUCCAUUGACGAUGGAGUUUCUGUGCUCCGUUCAGUUCACUCAUUACGGACAGGCUGUGCAGGAGGGUGCUGUUAUUGGGUCAGAGUCUCGGAUGAGGUUUACUAUUCUAGGCAUGGAGCACUCCAUCACUGUGGCUGAGCUCGGAUGGAGGAUGGGGCUCUAUACCCCAGCAUACACACAGACUGAGGAGUUCCGUGCUCUUCCGACCCGCUUACCCGAGGCAUUUGACAUUGAUGAGUUCUGGCACAGACACUCCACAGACACCAGAUCAUUUCUCCGGAUGCACCCCCAUUCGAACAAAUGGAGGGAGACUCACUGGUACAUACUCUCGUUCGUACUUUCUUGUGGUUUUUUUUGGACGACCUAACAACACAAACAGGUUGUCCAAAAAGGACAUACUAUUCUUUUGGAGUUUGAUUCACCGCAUCCCGGUGAAUAUGGCUGUCCUUAUGGCUCGUUUCUUCCGGAGCCAGGGGAAGACUGUGCGGCGCACUAUCCAGGCAGGGCCUUUCAUCACUACUCUCGUUAGAUCAUUCUACCCAGAUCUAGACAUUCCAGGACUAGUGCACUUACAGGAUAGCAUCCGCGUUCUUCGAUCCUCAUCCUUUACCAACAUGAGGAUCAAGAAGAAGCGGAACACUCAGGAGCUCCCAGGUAUUGAGCAGCCGACCCAGCAGAGUAGUUCUUCUCGACCCUCAGGACAUGAGGGAUCUAGCGAGCCCUUUUCAUACAUGCCUAGCGCCGCAGAUUGGAGAGCGAUGAUGGAUGGGAUGAGGAGUCUACAAACCUCAGUCUCAGAGAUGCGGGUUGCACAGGACAGAGGAUUCCAGGAGAUGCGAGAUGCGCAUGAGACGGCCCUGGGAGAGUUCAGAGACUUUCGAUUAGCUCAGGAGAGAGCCACCCGGGAUAUGCAGGCGGAGCUAGAGACCCAGAGGCUAGAUAUUGAUGAGAUGAGAGAUUGGCUUAGGCCACACUAUGGCCCCCAGGAUGGCGCAGGCGAUGUUUAGAUUUGCUUCUUCCUUAACAUUUUUAUCAUGUUUGUUUGUUCUUCAGGUUGGACAUUGCGCUGCUCUUUUGACUUGAAUGCUCUUACAAACUGACUAUGGAUGAUGUAAGGAUUUUAAAAAAAACCAUUUUACUCCUGUUUCAUUAUUCCUCUUCACAAAAUCUUUUCAAAACUCAAGUGUGAGGAAAGAACCAAAAAAAAAAAAUGUGCCUUUAUUUCCCAAUUUUGUUCCUCAAAAGAAGACCUCGAGGGCGAGGUCUAGCUCAAGUGUGAGGAGGUUGUGUUUUACACUCAAAAGCUAAAACCUUAUUUUAGAACAAUCUUUUUACUAUUUUUUUUAUAUGAAACAUUAAUUUCUCAAUUUGUUAUCAAUCUCAUAAAUAGCUUAGAUAAUCACCCUUAUUAUAAGAAUUUACUUUUUUUAUUAUUUUUGAAAACUUGAAAUUGUUAUGGGUUUUUGGUUGCGAAUGUAAAGGUCUGAAUUUGUUUUAAUUGGACAUUCAUUUUAUUCAUUAAAAAAAAAAAUGUUACUAUUUAUAAACCUCUUCAAAACUCAUUGUUAUAGGACAAUUCCAUCUCCGAAAAGGGGCUCUGUUUCAUUCGUUAAUCACAGUCUGUGAGAAUGAAAUAUGCAUUUACCAUGGGAUAACACCGCCAACAAGAGUGAAAAAGAGCAAAAAAAAAAAAAUAAUAAUAAAAAAAUGGUGAACAAGAUGAAUGUCCAAAUUAGAAUAAUGAAAAACCUUGGGAUAAGGAAUUGAUUGGUGGUUUAACAUAAUAAAUAGUUUUUCUUAAGUAAUACUAAUUUUAAAUUCUUGUAUUUUGGGUGAUUUUUCUAAAAUGUUUAAAAAUUGAGAAUAAAAGAUGAGGUUUUUGUUUCUACUUCUUUAAAAUAGCAAUUAGAUUGUAAUACAGUUAGACUUUACCUUUUGAGUGUGUUUACAACUAAUUCGUCGCUUGAGGACAAGCAACGCUUAAGUGUGAGGAGAUUGAUAAGUCCAUUUUUGUACUUAUUUUUCUUAUCAAAUUUAAGCGAUUUUUGAAUGAAAAUAGAAAGAAAAGACACAUUUUAUAUAUUUUGGUUCAAGUUUCAUGAAAUCAGGUAAAAAUCACAUCCAUAAUAUGUUUAGCGGGAUUUCGGGUCAAUUGAGCACAAAAUGAGUCAAUUUGAGUGACAAAUGCAUUUAUACCGGAAGAAGCAAGCAUUUUAUCAAGGUGAUUCAGAAGACAAAAAUGAAGAGCAGGAAAAGCCGCAUCUGCCAGACAAAAAUGGCAGAAGGCGCCCAAAUAGGCGCCCAAAAUGGAGGCCUUCGCGGCCGCCUACGGGAAAAAUCAGAAGUCAACCUCGCUUUGACUCGGGACCAGGAAAAGACCGAAGGCUACCGACACUGGACAGAAGGCGGCCGCCUGCGGCACAAGGGGACGAAACCAACCACCGGUCAGCCAGACAGGACGGCAGGCGGCCAGACAGGACGGCAGGCGGCCGCCUGCUGGACCGCCUGCGGCGGCCGGGAUCCGCCGGGAUCCGUCGGGAUCCGAUCUGCCCAUGAAAAGACGGCAGGCGGCCGACGUGUGGCGGAAGGCGGCCGCCCUCUGUGGCCGCCUACGGCUGACGGGGACCGGCCACCGACCGCUGUCGGCGACGAAGACGGCAGGCGGCCGGAGAGAGGCGGAAGGCGGCCGCCUGGUUGGCCGCCUUCGGGGAAAUUGCUCCUAUAAAUAGCCCGAUUUUUCCUCAACUCAAACACACUUCUUCCAACCCUAAAUCAGUUCAAAACACCUUCUUUCUUCCUCCAUUUUCGAGCUCCAAAGGUCUUAGAGAGAGAGAAACUUCAAAUCUUCAUAUCUUCUUCAUUUUAGCUCCAAAUUGUCAAGAUCAUCCAAAGGAUCAAGAUUGGACCCCAAAAGAUCAAGGAAAGUGCAAGGGGACAAGAUAAAAAGAAGAUUGAGAAAAUAUUUCAUAUACCCGGUCGGGUAUAGGCAAUACCCGAUCGGGUAUUGAGUUGAUUCGGGUGUCAAAAUCAGAAUCUAGAGAGAUCUGGAGAGACAAAAAAACGUGCAGGAUUUUGAAGAUUUGGCUCAUACCCGAUCGGGUAUGCCUUCAUACCCGAAGGGUAUGUCUAGAAAAGUGACUUUCCGGGAAACUGCCUAAAAUACCGGAUCGAGUACCCUAUAUACCCGGUCGGGUACACCACCCUGCUACCUCCAAACACCUAUAAAUACACCCCUUUUCCUUCACAAUAAGAUCACUCCUUCUUCCAUACUCUUAAGCUCAGUUUAGAAUAGUAUUUUUUUUAUAUUUUUAUAGC